GUGCCGUCGCUGUGGAGGAGCGCCCGGAGCGCGGGCCGCGAGGCGGUGAAUGUGGCUGCCAUGGAGGCAUCUCUGGCUCAGAUCAGAUGGUGUGAAGGUCACACACACACACCACAGGCAUCCGGAUGGUUUUGGAGACGGGCUGCUCUGAACCACGAACCAGAGGUAAAAGCUGCCAGACUGAGAAGGUUUCAAUAGCAGAAGCUGCAGCACAGUCUCACACUAACCGAGAUGCUGCUGUGCAGACAGAGCAAAGUAAAGACACUGUCCAAGACUGCCAGCAGGAAGUCCAAGUAGAUUACACGAGCCUUCUAUCAUUCCUUAAGAGAGUGGAGGAUGUGGUUAUCAAAGAGCUCAAUAAAAACUGGAAGAGCCAUGCCUUUGAUGGCUUUGAAGUCAACUGGACGGAUCAGAAUGAAACAGUGUCGUGUUUGCAUACAUUGUCAUACCCCGAGGCUCAGGAUCAGAACCUGCAGGUCACCAGCGUCUCCUGGAACGCAACUGGGUCCGUUGUCGCCUGUUCCUACGGCCGGUUGGACAGUGGGGACUGGAGCACAGCCAGGUCCUACGUCUGUACCUGGAAUCUGGACAGAAGGAGGUUGAACCCGCAGCGCCCUGACCUGGUGGUGGACGUUCCCAGCUCCGUCAUGUGCUUGGCCUUCCACCCCUCACAGCCUUCCCUCAUAGCUGGGGGCCUUUUCAGUGGGGAGCUGGUGGUGUGGGACACCAGCAGAGCAGAAGAUGCUGUAAUCUGGAGGACGGGGCUGACAGAUGACACACACACUGACCCAGUCUAUCAGGUGAGCUGGCUCCCUGAGGCUGAGCACAGAAACGUCUCCCGGCUGCUGAGCGUCUCGACGGACGGGAAGAUCCUGGUGUGGAGGGAGGAGCGAGGUGGGCGCUUGGCCCUGGCCGCAGGGUUCGCCGUGGUGGCUCAGCAGAUCCCCCGCAGCACCCGGCUCAACAAGUUCUCCUGGGCAGAGGCAGCUGUGGGUGUCACCUCGCUCUCCUUUUCCCACUUCGAUCCCCGCGUGUUCGUGGUGGGUGUGGAAGGCGGCUUUGCCCUGCGCUGCUCCACGGCCGCUCAGGCUCUGGCUCUCCCUGGGGCAGGCGCUUCCCUUCCCCUCAGGGCCCCGGCUGAAUUCACCUUCUCCCCCCACGCUGGGCCCGUCUACUCCGUGAGCUGCUCCCCCUUCCACAGGAACCUGUUUCUGAGCUGUGGGACUGAUGGCCAAGUGCACUUGCACUCGCUGCUGCAGACACAGCCGCUGGCUGCUGUGCAGCUCUCACACAAAUACCUCUUCUGCGUGCGAUGGUCUCCAGUCCGGCCCCUGCUCUUCGCAGCUGCGUCGGGGGAAGGAGAGGUGCACCUCUUUGACUUUGAGAAGAGCUCACAGAAGGCUGCCCUUUCCCUCCAGCAGGCUGUGAGUGGCUGCCCCGUGUUCUGUGUGGAGUUUAACGUCCGGCAGCCCCGGUUGCUGGCAGCAGGGGAUGCUGCUGGCACGGUCAGGGUCUGGCAGCUCAGCUCUGACUUCACCGAACAGGGGCCCAGGGAAAUGAGUCGUCUGGAGCAGCUGGCAAAUGGGAUUGUGGACUAAAAGCUACAUGGAGCUUGGUGCCACUCAGGCUCCAGAAGAUGCCCACUCACCUCUUCCAGGGCCUUGUAAAACACAUGGACCCAGAGUCUCAUCACAGUUAAACCUGUGUUUAACCAUUAAACCCAAGAUGAUGUGGUUCGACCAAUAA